AUGGACUGCCGGCCCGGGGAGGCGAAGCAGCACAGACCGAGCGCAGACCCAGCGCAGACCGAGCGCAGACCCAGCGCAGACCGAGCGCAGCCGAGGGAAGGGGAGCGCACCCCGCCGGCUGGAGAUGCCCGCGCCACGAACCUGCUGCGGCCUGAACGGAAGCCCCCACCCGAGUCCCGCCUGGCCGAGCGCCCGGCAGCCCGGACAGCGCCGCCCCACGCCCCGCGGCCCGGGAGAAGGCGGCACUCCCGGCCCCUGCACCCAGCGAGCCCCGCCCGGCUGCCACAGCCCCCGCUGCUCGGGGCGAGGCCGAAGGACGGCGCGUUCCCACCGGGCGGCAGCAGCGCUGGGCGCGGCUCGGCCCCUGCGCCCCCGCCCGCGGCUCCUCCCGCCGCUCCUCCCGCCGCUCGGCCCCUGCGCACCUGCCCGCCGCUCCUCCCGCCGCUCGGCCCCUGCGCACCUGCCCGCCGCUCCUCCCGCGGCUCCUGCCCCGCUCUCGCCACCCUCGCCCCGCGCCCCUUCCGCCGCCGCACAAAGGCGCCGACAGCUGGCAGGCGGCUGCCGACGGCAGACGCCGAGGGUCAAACCAGCUUCGAAGGCGUUGCGGAAUGCGCGGAAAUCUACGGGAACUGCAGAAGGACACUGAGAUCUGUGCAAUAA